CGUGUUAUAGAGAUCUUACAAGAUUAUGGAUUUUAUGAGGUGGAGAAAGUGGGUGGAUUACAGUUAGAUUGGGCUCUGAUCACUUCUUUAGUGGAGAGAUGGAGACCCGAGACCCAUUCAUUCCAUAUUUCCUUUGGAGAGAUGGGAAUUACGCUACAAGAUGUUGAGGUUUUACUUGGAUUGCCCGUAGAUGGCAUUCCAAUGUCGGGGGGCACUAGUCGGUCAAGAGAUCAAUGGAUUCAGAUUUGUGAUGACAUGAUGGGUUUGAUACCUGAACCAUCUGAUAUUACAUCUUCUACGAUUAAGAUAUCUGCAAUUGAACCGAAGACGCUGACAGAGCACAGUGUAGAAGUUGAUUACCAACAGCAUGCUAGAGCUAUCAUGUUUAAGUUGAUGGGUGGUAGCUUAUUUCCCAACACGACGGGAAAUAAGAUAGGAGGGUGUCUUAUCCUCUUACAGCUUUGGGCAUGGGAAUGUCUGCCUAUGACUAGAUCUAGGGGGAUUGUACCAUUAGAGCUGCUGGUUAAUGUUCCAUAUGGAGUCAGAUGGGUGUGUUAUCAUCGGUGGUCAGAUUAUACGACACACUCCUUACGAGCUUACAGGGACUAGCUAGAUAGGUUGCUCGAGGGAGAGGAAAAAUGAAGAAAAUAGGUUGUAUUGUCGUGUUGUGCAGCACCACGCACAACAAGGGAUAUACUCUGUGGUGGUGGAUGGGUCGUCCUACAUUGCUCAACGGGAGACAUUUACGGUGAACUUAAAUGCACGAACAUGUAGCUGUGGUCAAUGGGUAACAUUUCACCUCCCGUGCAAUCAUGUCCACGCAGUAUGUCAUUUU